AAGGAGGAGGAGGAGGCAACAGUGGGAUGUUUUACUGGUGCAACACCGCCACCUUACACCUGCGUGGUCAACGUAGCCGAGUGGCGAUAUGCAGGCUCACUUGGCUUGUGUGUUGCUGUUGCUGUGCUUCACCUGCAGCGGGCUGUGUGCAGGAGAGAGUCUUUUCAAAUGGUAAAUGGACUUCACACCUCUGGUAUAUUUUUGUAUCACUAUUUCUACCACAAUAACACUACAUUGCUAGUACUAUUCAUUUUAUACAGGCUAAAUUGUUGAUACUCAUGAGACAUGACUUUUUUGUUUAGUAUAAUUCUGAUGUGCAAUAUUUGUUAUCAAGAUGACUAUGACACUGGAAAUAGUAAUUCAAACUAAAACAAAGAUCUGAUUUGAUCAAAUGUUGCAAGUUACCCUCAUGUGGCAAUGUCUUCUUCAGACAUGGAGCAGGAACUGGGAGAACAACUCCUCAGCAGCCUGUUUGCUUCCAAGCUGAAACAGGCGAGCAAGCAGAGCGCCCCCUACUGGAGGCUAUCGCUGAAUAACCUGUGCCGGCUGGCUGGCGGGAUGCUGCUCGGGGGGGAAGCGGAGGAGGCGGCUUGGCGGAGGAGGAGCGGCGAGGAGGCUGAAGAGGGGGAGGAGGAGGAAGAUGAAGAUGAGGAAGGGGAACAGCAGAUGAUGAUGAGGGAGUGGAGCAAUCAGAGGCUGGAGGAACUUUAUAACCUGCAGAACAUCUGCAGAGCGCUUCUGCACAGUCGCCAGGGCAGGCUACGUCACGACUCCAGAGAGUACGCCGCGGGAAAUGGCGGCGAAGCUGCGCUCAAGCGCAAGUCGCCCUACAUCCUCAAAAGGCAAGCCACUCACCUUUCCAAGUCUCGGAGGCCGUACAUCUUGAAACGGAGUGAAAUUUACUGAGCGGUUGCCGCCCUUGUCCUUCUACUGCCACCCCUUGGUACGCUGCGACCAACUUUUUUCCCGCUCUGCCGCGCCUCUCGACGAGAUAAAAAGUUGAGCAUCACAUUGAAUGAAAAGCUCUAUUUAUUUAUUGACACUUUAC